AGUGAUUGAUUUGGAAAUAAAUCGCUCUCUCGGUCUCAGAGAUUGAGAUUCCGAUACGGCGGAGCAAAGCAAUUUAAUAAACCUAGGGUUCAGAUUAUGACGGCGGCGGAAUCAAUCGCCGCAUCGAUUAAUCAAAUUGAUGAGAAGAAACAAAAAUUGAAGAAAGCUUUCGAUGAUCUUCAAGCUCAUCGAUCUCUCCUUUCACCAUCUUUUAACCUCUCAUGGUCUGAGAUUGACUCUCACUUUUCUUCUCUCCAGUCUUCAUUGUUUAACCGCCUCCAAUCAGCCGUGACUAGUUCCAAUUCCGGUAAUAUCGAAACUCCCACGGCGGUUACGACGGAGACACCAGUCCUUUGGCCGGAAUUGAGAAAGUUUUGUGAGAAGAAUGAUGGAAAAGGUUUGGGUAACUACAUGAUUGAGAAUUCGAGGAAGCGUUUAUCUAUCAAUGAAGAGCUUCCUAAUGCGAUUCGAUGCUCAGAGAAUCCAGCACCUUUGGUUCUAGAUGCAAUCGAAGGUUCUUACCAUUGCUCAUCACCAUCGUCGUCUUCCUCGGCGAGAGCGAUCGAUGUGAAGAGGAUCUUCGUUUUGUUAUUAGAAGCUUUGAUUGAGAUCAAUGCGAAUCUCACGAAUGAUUUGAGAGAAAGAGCUAGGACUAUUGCUUAUGAUUGGAAACCAAAUAUAGGUAACAAACCAUCAGAAGCGUUAGGGUUUUUGCAUUUGGUUGCAGCUUUUGAAUUAGGGUCUUUAUUUAGUACUGAGGAGAUUUGUGAUUACAUUUUCUUGAUCUCUAAGUAUAAACAAGCAACAACGAUCUGCAAGAAGAUUGGUUUAGAUAGAAAUCGAAUAGGAGUUCUCGUUCAGAAGUUUUUGGAUACUGGGAGAUUACUUGUUGCUAUUAGAUUCAUUUACGAGAAUGAGAUGGUGGGUGAAUUUGAACCAGUUUCGAUUUUGAAAACUAGUUUGAAGAACUCUAGAGAAGCUGCUAAGAGAGUUUGUGCUGAAGGGAAUUACUCUCUUAAGGUGCAGAACGAAGCUACUGAUAAAGAACUAAGUGCUUUGAGAGCAGUUAUCAAAGUCGUGAAAGAGAAAAACAUCGAGUCCGAGUUCAUGGAAGAGAAACUCGAAGAAUGUGUUAAGGAGUUGGAGGAUCAGAAAGCUCAGAGGAAGCGUGCCACUAAGUUCAAUUCACCUGCUAAUCCCCAACAACCACAAGAACAAAAGGUCGAUAAUAAGCGUCCUCGAGUUGCUAAUGGUUCAAGUAUGGAAUAUAAUUUGACAAUCCCACCUCUGAGGCCGCAACAACAACCACCACUUUUGCCUACUCCUAGUCAGAUUUUACAAGUGAACCCAUAUGGUCUUUUAAGCUCAAUACUUCCUGGUGUUGCUGUCCCAUAUGGCAACCCAAGGGCUCUAUUUGGCUCGGUUCCAGCUCCAGCUUCUCGACCCGUCUUUUAUGUGCAGCAAACUGGUUAUGGGAUGCCACCACCUCAGUACCGCCCACCGUACUAUCCUCAGUAGCAUCUCUCUAUUGGUAAGAUUUAUUAUAGGAAUGCAAGCGAUAUUGAGAAGAUUUCUGCUCGAACAGGUCUAUGCUCUCUAUGUGUUUUUGAUGUUCAGUAAUGAAUAUCAAGUAAAUUUCGAGAGUUUUGACAUAGAUAACACUUGAUAUAGUCGCUGUUUGGGGGAUAACAUAAGAGCAAAUUGAUCCGUUUUUUCUUUUUUUGUUUACCUGGUGAAGCGACUAUAGAGGAUUUUGCCUUGAUUGUACAGUUUUAUAACCUAACCUUAACCUCUUUUUAAUUUAGUUUAGUUUACUUGUGGAGGAAUGGUCUUUAUGGUUUUGAUCUAACAUUUAUAUUCCUUGAUUUGUUAGGUAAUCUUCCAAGAUUUCCUCCCUUUUUUCUUAUAAUCACCAAAGAUCCCUUUUGGUUUGAUUUGUUGUAGUGGGAAGAAAUCUACGUGUCUGGAUAUCUAAAAUGAUCCAAAGGAUAAUAUUCAACUAGCACAGAAACAGAAAUAGUUUUUUUUUCAUUAAACUAUUUAAGUUUACAAAAGGAUAUGCUUAUGGUUUUUCUGAUGGAACAGAAAAUUAAUAUUGUCAUUUCAAUGGA